UGGAUAAGAAAAAUAAUGGUGAUAAACAGUCCUCGAUAAAAUGUAAGGGGCUGUCCGAUCUACGAACCAGUUUCCUCGAGCUUGCGCAUCCUGCGUCGUCCCGCAAGCGCGGAAUUCUGCGAGAUACGAAACGGGAAGGAUCCUCAGUACAGAUCUAUCCUUCGCAGACUCCGCGAUACAACCCUGUAAAACUCUUGUAAACGACAUUCGAAAAAUCGGAAUAAAUUCGGUACAAAAUUCGAGUUAACAAAAAUCCAAAUUGGAGCCAAAGUUCGAGUUUACUCGCUGGAUCGUUUCGUAGGGAGAUUUAAAGAGGAUUUGAUUAUGGUAACGAUGAUGCUGUUUCUGCUGGUCGUUCUCGCAGGCAUCCACUCGGGUUGGUCCCGGCGCGAUUCCUCGAUCAGUGAAAAUGUGGACGGAAACGCGGUGCAUACGAUUCCGCUCGGCUCGGAGGUGACUUUUCAUUGGAGAGUCGAUUUAAUGAAUAAACUAGUGAUCGCGGAGGUUCAUUACGUCGGCAAUGAAAGCAGCUGGUUCGCGAUCGGAUUUUCCGACUAUGGAGAACUAAAACCAGCUGAUUACUGCGUCUUAUGGUCCGAUUGGCACCAACAAAUUCAUCUUGAAGACUCGUGGGCGGAUGCCGAUGGGAAAUUACAUCUGGACACCCAACAGGAUUGCGAGAAUUUCGCGUGGAGAAGACGCGGUAAUAUCACGAAGUUUACAUUCUCCCGCAAAUUCGACACUUGCGACGAGCAUGAUUAUAUCAUUGAGAGAGGCACGACGCACCUGGUGUGGCUCCGCGGUCGUGGACCGCUGUCGUCCUUGGCCGGUCUCGAGAUAUCGGACGCGAAAGCGUCGGGCAUGUCCCGCACGGAGUUAAACAGGGUGUCCCAUAAGAAGCCCAAGUUCCCCGCGAAUGCCUGGCAACUCGAGUUACUCGCCCAUCGGGUUCAAGUGCCGAAACAGGAGACUACCUAUUGGUGUCGCGUGCACAAGUUGCCGUCAGUACUAAGACAGAAGCAUCAUAUCCUACAAUUUGGCCCCGCUAUUCAAGCGGGAAACGAACAUCUUGUACAUCACAUGGAAGUCUUUCAUUGCGCCGGAUCUGUAGAUCUAGAAGUGCCAAUGUACGACGGGCCUUGCGACGGAGCAGAUAGACCCGAAAAAACGCAGAUCUGCAAGAAGGUGUUGGCAGCAUGGGCCAUGGGUGCCGACGCGUUCGUCUAUCCGGAAGAAGCUGGUCUAUCCAUCGGCGGAACCGAUUUCAAUCCGUAUAUCAUGUUGGAGGUACAUUAUAAUAAUCCCGAGCUGCACCAAGGCACCGUCGACUCCUCUGGAAUACGAUUUGUUCUCACAAAGACCCUCAGAAAGUACGAUGCUGGUGUAAUCGAGCUUGGCCUCGAAUACACCGAUAAGAUGGCCAUACCCCCGCAACAGGAAGCCUUUAUGCUAUCCGGCCAUUGCAUAGCGGAAUGCACCGGAGUUGGAUUGCCCCAAAGUGGCAUUCGCAUUUUCGGCUCUCAAUUGCACACUCAUCUGACGGGUACCAAAGUCAUCACCCGUCAUAUGAGGGACGGCGAAGAGUUGCCGCCGUUGAACUAUGACAAUCAUUACUCUACUCAUUUCCAGGAGAUCAGAUUGCUGCCGAAACCGGUGACCGUCCUGCCUGGGGAUUCCCUGAUAACUACAUGCACUUACAAUACUAUAAAAAGAGACAACGUGACUCUUGGCGGUUUCGCUAUAUCCGACGAGAUGUGCGUUAAUUACGUUCAUUACUAUCCCAACGCGCAAUUAGAGGUGUGCAAGAGUGCCAUAAGCGACGAUGCGCUGCGGACGUAUUUCCGUUAUAUGCGAGAAUGGGAAAGUCAAGGGACCAGUUCGGAAAAGGGUAUCUCGGCGAACUAUAAGAGUAUCGAAUGGACCAAGGUCCGCGUGGAAGCUCUUCACGAUCUCUACGAAGCUGCGCCUUUAGGGAUGCAGUGUAACGGCUCCGAUGGCUCCCGAUUACCUGGCCUGUGGGACAACAUCGCGGCGACACCCGUCAGACUGCCUUUGUCACCGCCAGCCAGAAGUUGCCUGGAAUCUUCAAUCCAGCGAGAGAUCUCGGAUCAGAUGUGAAUAAUGACUGAUUACAACAUUUCAGUUAUUCGAUCAUUCCGUUGUGUGAAAAUUUCAAGGGAACAUACAAGUAAUUAAAGUUCCAAUUCAGAGCAUAUCAAAUUUAGCUGUUACCUGUUGCUUCUUCGAAAUCUUCUCUAAAAUUGCGACGCUUAACUCUUGGCAGUGUACCUCGUUUGAUAUGACAAUACUUAAUCGUUAGAUGUUUGUAAAAGGAUUUCAUGAAACUUGGACCGACGGCAUCGAGGCAAGAUGUAAAAAAAAAAUCCAAAGAAUCCAA